CUCAAACAAACAUAAACACGGUUCCCCCGCUGCAUGUCAUUUUCUGCAGGAUCCAGCGCCCAUGGACCGCCCGACGGCCAACAGGUCACUGUGGUGGAUGGCGAUUUACUUGAACGCGCCAAGGAGAACAUUGUGGCCUCGAGAGAAGGUCGGUCGGCAAAUGCACUUUCACAAGUCUUUUCAACACCACACGCCGUGAGACAGAAGGGGCUCGCGUCGUCUCACGCGUGCUAUAAGCAACUCAUAUUAGAUGCUAAGGAUGUUGAUCCAAUUGAUGGCGAUCCCCUCGAACCUUACUGCCAAUACGUGAAAUGGAUAAACGACAAUUAUCCAUCUGGUAGCUCCUCCGAAAGUGGCCUGCUUCCCGUAUUGGAAGAGGCAACGCGUAAAUUCUGUGACUCCCCGCGCUACAAGAACGAGUCAAAAUAUGUUCACUUGUGGAUGGAGUAUGCCAACCUCGUUGAGCAGACUGAACGCGUCUACGCCUUUAUGCUUGCGAAUGAUAUUGGAUCGAACUGGCCACAUCUUUACCAGCAGUAUGCCUUGUUGUUAGAGAGGAACGGAAAUCGUUCGAAAGCGGAUGGAGUUUAUAGACUGGGCAUAUCUCGAAGAGUGCUGGGUGUGGAAAGGAUCAAGGCCAGCUAUAAGGAAUUUCAGGCGCGUUGCUUGGUUAUACCGGGAGGAUUAGAGCCUCCGCCACCGCCACCUCCUACUAGUCGGUUGGUCCUCGGCGGGAGGGAAGUCCUUGGCGCCAGGAGAGGAGGGCCUCCUGCUGCAUUGACGCGUUCGUCAGUGUCGAUGGAAACCCCUCGUUCAAACAUUGGGAAGGUCCCUGUUUAUGUCGCUUGUGAUCCCGAGCCUGUAGAUAUCAAGACUAACGAGUGGCCACGACUGGGAACCAAGUCUGAAACGGUGAAAGAAAAUGGGCGUCCCAAAUCUUCCUUGAGUAAUGAGCCCCUACACCAGAAAAUGGUUCCCCCAAGGGACAGGUUUCCAGUCCAUCGGGAUGAGGAGAUAUCGGUUCCAAGAACACCGAGCACGAUGCACACCCCUGAUCGGGUUCUGGGACCCCACCAAGCCAGCGCCCAUCAGGAUAUAUCCCGGGAUCCAUUCAAGAAUUAUUCACAAGCUGUCGCGUUUGAUUUUGAACUGCCUAGGAUACCAGACAUUCCCGCCUCGCCAAAACAUGCAGGGGAUAUAGAGGCCCGCGGGAUACCCACCACUCGAAAUGAUGCUCCUCAACUGCGGGAAAUUCCGGCGCCGUCCGAAACAAGUUCCAGAUCUCAUCGCCCUACGUCAGGCUCCUCUGCUGUUGGACCGAAGCCCAGACCAUCCUUACCAGCGCCAGCUCCUGGGAAGAGGGCCGAAAUCCCUGCCUUCGCGACAUCACAAGUUUGGCUAGACGGUGAAGAGUAUGAUCGGAGGGAAUCUCAGGCCCGUGUUCUGGGGCUGUUGAACAAGAAAUGGCCUCCCCCGCCUGUGGAAGAGUUCGACGUGCCGCUCAGGGAUGAGUCAUCGGCACCUGUCGAGGUGAGGAAAAGCUUAGGCAAGCGUAGACAAUCGAAUACUGGGGGGCCAACCGCCAGUCCAACUACGAACACCAAGGCAGCCUUGAGUGACGUGUUCAGCAUGUUUAACACUAGUAUCGAGGAGGAGGUAGAUGGCAUCGAUCCCCCAGGCCAGCUAGGUAGCCCUGGAUCUUGCGUGAUGCUCUCAGCAUCAUCUAUGGCUGUGCCUUUUACGCCUAACCCAGUCCCUCCGUCUGCCAAAAUCCCAGUCUGGACGCCUAAGGAAAGAAUACCAGCACCUGAAGUCAUCCUUUCUGCCUCCCUUUCCCAAUCCGCAGCAUCGGCCGCCUUAGCUGAUGAAGUGCCCAUAGUGCCUCGUUUGACAUCGAAGACUUUCUCGGAUCCUGGUCUGGGGUCCACUGAGUCCCUAUUACCGGGGGCGCGCGGACCCACCAAGUUCGCUAUGCUACAAGAUAACAAUGCGCCUCGUCUCCCUUCGGUUGCCAAGAAAGAACCAUCCGGGGCCCAGGAAUCCGACCUCUCUCGUGAGGAGCCGUCUGUGAUAAAAGGUCACAUUUCGUCGAAGCCAGCCCACAAGAUCACCGUUUUUGUUGACCCUUCCGUCGAUCCAUCUUCUGUACCCGCUCAUUCUUCUGGCUCCCCUGACAACUCCAUGCCCUCGGCCACUUUGUUGUUCCAAGAACCAAAGGAAACGGUGCCUAUUGUCGACUCUCUGACGGAAAAUUCAUCGCCCAACUCAAUAUCGUUGCCGCAGAGCGGUAGUGAAGGUCUUGAAGACGUCUUCGGCCCGACUGUAAGGACGUCGGGAUCCGCUGCUUCUCCCCCCAGUUCACGCAGUGCCGAUACGGACGAUAUGGCGCCGCCCCCUGUGAGUACAGCAUGGUGCGACGAUGCCGGGGAAGAUGAAAGCUCGGAACAGAAUGAUCAAUUGCCCGAUGUGGCUCCUCGUUCUUACGAAAUACGUGGUGGCGUCGCGAUCAUGACUCCUAUCGCUGAACGCACAAUGGAGUUUGGGUCCAACACCAAGUCACUCAUACGUCUGACAUCUCCAGGACCAAGAAUAGAUAAUACUCCGUCCAAAGAGAACGGAAUCGUUGAAAAUCUGGAUUCGCUGAAGCUGGAACAUGAAAAUAAGUCUACUCUCCCAGCGGUCGAAUGUUUCGAGGCACCAGGGCCGAUUGAUCCCUUUCACCCCGACAACAUUACUCAGUACAUCAAUACAGUUUGGGGUUGUCUUGAUACUGAGCUAUAUCAUGACCUUAGGACCGAUGAGUCAGACUACGGAGAGCUGUUUGAUAAACACACGAAGAAGAGAAGCCAGCGAUCACGUCUUGGUCAUUCCGCUUCCGAGCCUCCUACGCCACUUCUCGUCAAUAUUGGGGACGCAUCUUACGAGAUCUUCGAAAAACUCGGCGAGGGUGGCUUUGGGGCGGUAUUCUUGGCUCGGGAUACCCUGAUUGCUGAAAUUGUGGAGGAAUGGGCUAAAAACGGCGAAGAUGACGGCAUAGCUCCAGAGAAGUCUGAACUCGUUGCGCUCAAGGUGGUGAAACCAGCCAUGCAAUGGGAGUGGGUAAUUCUUGAGACCAUCCGAGAAUUCGUUCCCGACAUUUGUCCAGUGGUUAUCAAGCCCCGCGACUUGUAUCUCUUCAAGAAUGAAUCGAUCCUUGUCCUCGAUUACUCCGCCCAGGGUACGCUGUUGGAAGCAGUCAACAAUGCCUCCCAGAUCGGUAUUCAUUCUCAGGAUACAUUCGCCUUCGACGAGCUCCUGGUCAUGUUUUUCACUGUGGAACUUCUCAGACUGUUGGGACAACUGCACUGCCAACAUUUUAUCCAUGGUGACCUCAAGAUAGACAAUUGCAUGCUCAGGCUGGCAGACCCAAGUAUCUCCCCAUUGUCAACGAUUUAUGACCCAUCCGGCAAUGGAGGGUGGAGUGACCGUGGAAUACGGCUGAUCGACUUUGGUCGCGCAAUUGAUGUCAAUGCUUACCUGCCGGGGACAAGCUUUACUGCCAAUUGGCCCGCUGAUGCUACUGAUUGCAUCGAAAUCAGAGAAGGACGACCAUGGACGUAUCAGACGGAUUAUGCUGGUGUCGCUGGUAUCGUUUACUGCAUGAUGUUUGGGAAAUAUAUACAGGUCAUUCCAGGGUCAAAUUCCGAUGGUCAACCUUGGUAUCGGAUUAUUCCAAGCCUCAAGAGGUACUGGCAAGUUGACCUCUGGGUAAGGCUGUUUGACUUGUUGCUCAACUCCUCAUCAAUACGUCCCGGUGGAGAACUGCCUUUGGUCGAGGAGCUUGACACCGUCCAGCGAGACAUGGAGGUGUGGUUGGUCGAGAAUUGUGAUAAGAAGGGAAAAAACCUCAAGCACAUGCUCACGAAGUUGUAUAAUUCUUUGCAGUCACGGACAUCACAGUAGAUAGGGUGACGAAUGUACCGCCCCCCUAGCUUGCCUCAGCUGCAUAUGUACUCUUGCCUACUGAUCAGCCCAUGUGAUGAAGAUGAUCCAAUCUUGUUGCGAAAUGAGCUACAGAGGACGACAACGAAGAGCACCAGACA